CUUCAGCUGACAGCUGUUAGUCUGUCAUGAUGAUUGAUGAAUGAAGUUAAUCGAAUCACAAACAAAAGAAAUUCCAAAAUUUCAUUUCCAGAAGUUCAAAAAUAAAAUUUUUUACCAGAAAAAUAGCGGAAGAAUAAAUUUAAAGUACCGUUGAAGCUUAUCUUAUUAACGUGUGGAAGCUUUUUUGGGCUCACAAAUAGAAAACUGUCGCCCAUGCUUAUUAUCGUCUGAAGACCAUAAGUUGUGUACUGUAGGUGGUGAAGUUGUGCAUGUGGUUUUUUAAGAGACAUAUUUGCAGAGAGUGCAUUUGAAUUCCUUGUAUGUAGGCAGGGAGUUUUUCCAGUUUGAAAUUGUGUGUGAAAAAAUAGGAAAGUAAACUUGAUUAACUUUGGCCAAAUAUCGCUGUUUGGAAUUCAGCUAUACAACAUUUGAAACUUAGUCUCAGCCGAGCCAACAGAUUUCGGUUUUGGUGACAUCAAAUGGAUAGAAUGCCAAAAGUUGGGAGGAGACACAAGUGGCGUUUAGUCCAAGAAAAAGGCUCUUUCGCCUGCUCACUAUGUCCCUACAGCAACGAUUUGCGGCACAGGUUAAAAGAACACUAUAAGAAAGUCCACGAUAAGACUAUCGGAGAUAAAGAGUGUUGCGGUAUCAGUUUUACCAGUAAAGAGGACCUUAAAAACCACAUCUCUACAAGUCAUCUUCAUAAAUACAAAUGUCCUGACUGUGAUAAAAAUUUUACUUCCAAAUUUGUACUAAAAAAUCAUCAGAACUUUGUCCACGGUGAUUCCAAGGAAUUCAAGUGUAUCCUCUGCAAAUACGAAACCAACUACAAAAAUGGUCUGACAAACCACAUGAAACACAAACACGGGAAAAGGUCCAAGUAUAUGCAGUAUGGCAGCGUUUUUGUCAAAAACAAGUCCCUGAAACAAAACGCCGCAACACGGCAUCACCAAAGCACCACUUCAAACAGGUAUCAAUGCGAUAUGUGUGAUCUAAACUUUAAAUAUCCGUCCACUCUCCUUCGUCACCGAAAUAUGCAUACCAAGGAAUUCAAAUGCACUCUCUGCAAAUAUUCUGCAGCACGAAUGGCUAUUUUAAUGAAACACAUGAAAAUGCAUGAAUCAGAUGACGAACAGUCGUCGUCUUCGACGGUGAUUGACAAUUCUACUCUUAGCAGCGAAAACCGUGAACGGACGGAUGUCGAGGAGGAACCGAUAGGGUUCAGUAGAAAUGAUGAAAAUGAAAUUAAAGAGCAAGACCCACCUGAUCUUCAAAUAGAAUACGUGGCAAGACCGGAACCCCAUUCAGCAUUACAUUACAGAUCAAGACAGGAGAACAUCACUGAUUUAGAAAAUGUUGUAGACAUGGAAGUGAGAAGCGAUGACAGUAGUUCCCCUUCAUCUGUCGUGGGAGUUGAGCCUCCAGAUGUACACCCACCAUCGUCAAGCCAAUCGCGGCCAGUUGGGGCUACUCCAUCUCAUCGGCUAAACUCAAUCCAGGAAGAGGCUCGCCAACUAAGGGCGCAAAUUUCUCCAUCAACGACCCUUUAUGGGGUUCUUUCUCUACUGGAGCGUUUACUAGAACUUUCCGCUUCCACCACGAUUGAAAUUCGUGAUUCUGUGAAGUUUGAAAAGCGUUCUCAAGCCAUCGAAUGCUUCGAAUACUUGUGGAGCGCUUCUAAAAUGGCAGUUUGCGUCUGGGAAGACAUUGAAGGAUCGAUGGAAAGCAACCCUUCCCUCAAAGCUGUCCAGUAUGCAUACGAAUUACUUCCUACAUUUAUUAAGUGGCACAAGAUAAAACAUCUCGAAAUGGUGGGACACAUAAUUUUGCUCAGUAUCAACACUGUUAAGAACUCUCAACAUCAGGCAUCGUUGAUCCGACAACAAGGAGCGGAACGCAAGCGGUUUUAAGGACGAUUGGGGUGCGUACCGCCUCAUGUAUCGAUACGGAAUUGGGAAAAUGCAAAGUCUUUAUAUCCCUGCCGAUGUAUCGUAUCUCAAGUAUUGCGGGAAGGUCUUCGGUCUUUUUGGGUUAAAGGCUCAUAUAUCUCAGUAUCACAAGGCUGGCGGCAAAAUCUUAUGGAACCAACCAUUUGACUAUUCUAAUUCCGUUUAGUAUAUUAGUGUUCUCUUGUAUCUGCUACCUGGGUAUUAAAAUUUUAUCGCUUGACUUAGUAUAGUCGAGGAGAAUUCUUCAUUUUCAGUGUUUGGUUUACGUUUUUAUUUUCCGGCUAUUUAUAAGUUUUGCCAAGAAGUAUUACUAAUUAAGUUCCAGGUACCAUUCUAUCUACCAUUGUCGAUUUACUCGGAACUUCGUAGAAAGUGUAGCAGAUUGCUCAUGCAGUUUGCACAUGUAUCGAUUCAAAAGUAACUUACGGUUUUCAUCUAUUUCCAGAAUUAUCUUAACAUUCCCUUAAAUUUUUUUGGCUUCGAUUACAAUUGAAAAAGGUCGAUAUUUAUGGUCACCACGAUUUUAUUCCCAGUUAAAUUAAAAUUGAAAA